UUCUGCUAUAUGUUGCUUUCAUUUUUAUUAUGUUAAACGUAACGUUACGCUGGCUGAGGACAGAGUGGGGGUAACCUGGGCCUCGGGUGCCCAGUCAUGCGCACACUCGCGUUUGUAAAUCAAGGAGACUUAAAGUGUGUCGAAGUCCAUGGUCUGGCUUGUAGUUCAGACUUGGGUCCAAACUUUUUGUCCCGUUGUCUGAGUUUAAAGUGAUUCCUUAAUCGAAGUAUUUCAAUUUUGCAGUCUGAAUCAGACUGUUCUCUUGGCCAAAAUUUAAGCCUCUUCGAAGCCAAAAUUUCAGAUGUUUUAAGUCUGAAUUCACUGCAAAAUUUAAGGUCAUGGAGUGCCUUCUCUGCUCGAAGCCUUACGAUCUGGCGGAGCGUCGCCCGAAGACGCUGCCUUGCGGUCACUGCUUUUGCUUGGAGUGCCUUCAGCAGCCCGAUGUCAGGAGCUCCUGUCCCCGGGAUAAAAAAAUAUUUCUGGCAGUCCCUGCGCAGCUUCCAGACUGCUAUCCGGUGGUUCAGCUGAUUAUCAAGUGGGGUCGGUUUAGGUGCCGGCAGUGCGACCUGAGGCCCUCAGAGGCCUGCCCGUCCGCCGCGCACAAGAUCUGCGCGCGUUGCGGCGAGGCUCUGGAGGCCCAGGUUGCACCCUGGCGGAGCGAGGACUGGGCCCAGCUGCAGGCCGCCACGGGCACUCUGGAGAUGACUCUGCGCGCCAAGGACUCCCAGUGGAGGGCCAAAGUGCCGCUGGGCGAGAGCCGGCCGGACCUGGAGCCGCUGCUGCGGGAGAUGCUCUUCCAGUUGCACGCCGACGGACUCAUCAACAAGGUGUCGACUGGUUCGGAGGAGGCGGCCGCGUCUGGCCCCGCUCCGCUUCCCCGUGCUUCACCGGGCAUCGCCAUGAACUUGGACCACAUCCAGCCCAAUUAUGAUAGUGAAAGUGACGACGAGGACACUCCCAAGGAGAAAGAGAUGACUCAGCAAAUGAAGACCGCGUUGGAGCGUGCCCGCCGCAACCCUGUGCGUAAGCUGCUGCGCCUGCACUGCUACAGUCACCUCGGGUGGAGCCUGCAGAUCCUGCAGGCAGUGGCGCCGCACUUGGAGGAGCUGGACGCGAUGGAGGCGGAGCGAGAGCAUCUGGAGGUGGUUCGCAACAUGCCGUCGCUGCGGAAGCUCCGACUGAUGACCGGCGACCUGUGGGAGGAAGCGCCGCCGCUGCCACCGCAACUGGAGGAUCUGGACAUCUACCGCGGCAGCCUGGACCACACCCUAUCCAUUCGGCGCAUGCCCCGCCUCCGCAGGUUGACGCUGAGCUACAGCCGCAUGAAGUCCUUCCCGCCGUUGCCGCCACACCAUUGCGGCCUGGAGUACCUCAACAUCCGCGGCAGGGGGUGCAGCGAAGACAAAGACAGCAUCAUCAUGUCCUUGAUCCGUGCCCACGGCGCCACCCUGCAAGAGCUGCACAUCUCGACCACCAGCCAGAAGCUUACCAAACCGUUGGCGACGGGCGAAUUUUUCGAGGACCUGGGCCCCAAGCUGGGGCAGUGCGGCCUGCGUUCUCUGAAAUUCCUUGUUCUGUCGAGAGACCCCCCCUUGAGGUUCCGUGACGAGGGCGAACCCAAGGGGCACAGCGUUCCGUCCUGCAAGCAGCAAGUGAAGGAGAUCACCGAGGCUCUCAAGGGGGGCAGCCCGACCCUCAAGACACGAAUCAUUUGCAGCAUCUGCGACAAGCACUGGCUCAAGUAAAAUUCCGCUUCGAGUUCUGGUGAGGUACCUGACCCUCGGUUGUAAUUUGUCACCUAAGUUAGGUUUAUUUCUGUCCAAUCUGGAAUUUAAAUAUUGUAUAUCAAGAAUUAGCUCCCGUCUGUCCAGUAUCUCACUUCUACCGGAUUUAAGACCACUGCGCUCGUUGCCUGUGAGAAGUUGACUGUCUUGGAAUUCUAAAAAUUGAUGCCAAAUUGUACAGUUAUCAAGUUCUGUGCAGUUUAUAAGGAAAGUUCUGUGCCAACAUAGCUUCAAACUGUGUGUGAGCACUGUUACUAAGCGGCCAAAAUGUUUCUUUGCAGUAUGAAGAUUUUUUUUCUGGCUUCGUAAAUGGAUAAAAAUGGAAGAAUCUGUAACUUUAAGUUCGUUUGUGCGAUUGUACUUUUUCAUACUGGAAUGUUCUUGUAUUCAGAGUGAAUUAAAGAACUGAUUGCAACGCUG